AUGGACAUAACAGCAGAAAUAACAGUGAAAUUCCGAUUGGCGAUCAAAAAGAAACUCGCCGCCAUGAAGAUCGAGGAGGAUGAUGACUUGAUCGACUUUGUGAUGAUCAUCUUCGCGAGAAAGAAGCGAUUUGAUGCUAUUAGGGAGGACUUAGAAGAAUUGUUAGAAGAAAAAGCUGCGGAUUUCGCAGUUUGGCUUGAUCUUUUGAUUCAAAAAGUCAAUGGGCUGCCUGAAGAUCCGAGCAGAGAAAUGUAUGAAGCCAGAAAGCGCAAAGAGCAAGAAAAGCUCGAGGAGCGACUUGAAGCUGAACAAGAGGCUCGAGAAGCGGCCGCGGCAAAUUCCGGAAGCGAUUCGUCUCAGAGCUCAGAUUCAGAUGGCGAAAGAGAUUACUCCAGAGAUCGCUCGAGAAGUAGAUCUCGGUCAAGAUCUCCGCCGAAGAAUCGCGUCAACAUUUUCCUCGAGGAUUCUCGACAAAUCCACGAUCUUCAAGAGCGAUUCCAGGAUCUUAAACAAAAAAGUCGCCGACUCAACAAAGAAUUCACCAAACGCGAGGACAAGAACUCGAAGAAACUUUGCAAAUCAUACAAGGGAAUAAAUGAAGCAUUGAUGAAAUUGCUGGAAGCUUGCGAUGCUGUGGAACUUGACCCCAAAGACAUUCAAAAUCGCGCGGAUAGAAAGAAGAUUAUCAAAGAUUCACAAAAGUUGCUCGAUCGCAACGACAAGGCAAUUUCGUUCCUAUGA